CAGACAUUCACGAAUCCUCUUCCUGAAGACUUUGCUGAACCAGUUUUGAACAAAUGCAUGAAGAGGAGGGACACUCGUUUUCAUGAAGAAAUACAGGCCUUGCAUAUAAUGAAAAUGAUAACAAGGGUGAUGCUACGGAACCUCAGAUAUUAUUUUGUGUCUGAUGGCUCGCAGAUGACAGAACAUUAAGUGAAGUGUCAUUCUAAAUUCAGGAAAAUGCAAAAAUACAUUGGAAAAGAGAAAUCUGCGUGAAGCUUAUCUACAGGAAUAAUGUUAAGCAGAAACCAGGGGCUCUUCUGCUUCUGUGUGUGGCUCCUGUGCUCUCAGUCAGUGUCCAGCAACAACCAAAGCUCUCGAGGCCCAACCGGUCGGUCUGAAGUUAAGCCGGGUACCUGUGAAGUGGUGGCAGUUCAUCGCUGCUGUAAUAAGAAUAAAAUAGAGGAGAGGUCUCAGACGGUCAAGUGCUCAUGUCUUCCUGGACAGGUUGCUGGGACCACCCAUGCUCAACCUUCAUGUGUAGAUGCGUCUAUCGUGCGGAUGAAGUGGUGGUGUCAAAUGGAGCCGUGCUUAAAUGGUGAAGAGUGUAAAGCGUUGCCUGACCUCACCGGCUGGUCCUGCAGCUCUGGGAGCAAAAUCAAAACUACCAAGGUCACGCGGUAAAGCAACGCUUCUGUGGACAUGUGAUGACAACUCAUAAUUUCACACGAGCAUAUUUUAAAAUCAGACCUGCAAAUGUCAACAAAAAUGCACGCUCGAGCAGAACCAUGUGAACCGUGAACAAAGACUGUGAGAAGAGUUUAAAUGAUGCAAGGCACUGGCUUCGAGGAACCUAAAUAUGUCUAGUUCAGAUAAAUUCUGUUAUUUUUAACUUUGUUCGUCAAGAAUCCUGAGAAAUAUCAUUAUUUCCAUAAAAAAUA